AGUUUUCCACAUUUUUCCCCAGAAAUUUCCUUCCCCAAAAUUGUCCUCACUGCUCCCACUUUCUGGCUGUAAGCUUAAGUGAAUAAAAGCUGAUUGAUUGAUUGAUUGAUUGAUUGAAAAUUGUCCUCACUGCAGGUUUGGGCACGUAAAAUACUCAAUGUAAAUUACACGGUUUUAGACAUGUAAAAUACUAGGUAUUUUACGUCCUUAGUUUUUUACACAUGUAAAAUACGUCAACGCCGUAUGCGCCCCUUCAGGCCGUUGCUAGAACUUCAUUCUGGUUAUUUGUCACAUGUGUCACAGGCAGUGAACUCUAUACAUACUGGAAUGAGUGAUCUAUUGUUCUGGCUGUUGCCGAGAGAGAGGUGCGUUUGGGUGAAUCCUUGUCUCCUUCUAGUACUACCUGAUUGGAUAGUCGUAUAUAAAUGACGACAAGAAGGGCGUCACUUAUAUGCGAUUAUCCAAUCAGGUAGUACUAGAAGGAGACAAGGAUUCACCCAACGCACCUCUCUCUCGGCAACAGCCAGAACUAUAGAUCACUCAUUCCAGUAUGUAUAGAGUUCACUGGUCACAGGACUCACAGGUCACAGGACUCACAGGACUACGUUUACACGGGGAAUCCCCGACGAGUACGAUAAUUCCUCAUUUCUAGGUUCUGAACUAGUGCAAUAAGUUAGAAUAAGACAAAUAUAUAAAGAACAGGCCAUCUGUUUUCUCCUCCUUUGCCAGCAUUAUGCAAGAAUCUUUAAUACUGUUUUGAUAAUGUUGACACUUGACAGUUUAUCAUUGCUUUUCAAGGUUAAUACAUAACUUAUCUAUAAUAAUUAAGAAAUGAGUCACAUUGGUAGACCUACUCAUAAUUUUUGGGAGAAAGGUGGUUAUGAGCGGCGUAAAAAAGGCGAAAAAAUAAUGGCAUACUGUUUGAUAUGCAAGAAAACUCUUACAAAUACUGCGAAAACCAGAUUACAAACACACAGAAAUGUUUGUAGAAACGAAACGGACUUGUCAAGUGCCCUUCAAAGUCCACAGUCUGCUGAAAAAUCCAUUUCAACUGACAAUAAUGAAAAUGUUAUGGAAACAAUUGAUUUGGAAAGUAUCCAAUCAGCGAGUAUCGCAGUUGAUGCAGUCACUUCAUCUGAUCAGAGAAUAUCCAAAUACGCCAAAAGUUAUUGCUAUAGGAGUUAAAGAUGCUCCGAAGGUUCCAAUUCUUCCUGAUUUUAAUAUGCAAACUCUUUCACAUCAAGAAUUUAAUCAUGCAGUGUCAACUACUCUUCCACAUCCGAAAAAAAUGAAAACUAUGCAACAGAAACGCAAAUUAAAUUCAUUUAUUGAUUAUAUUUCAAAUCAGCAGAAGACCAGAAUUGACGAUACUUUGGUUAAAUUUUUUUACGGAUAUAAUAUUCCUUUAAAAGUGGUUGAAUCAAAGCUUUUCUUGAAUUUUAUAAAUGCCAUACGACCUGCGUACACGCCACCAUCUGCAGAAUCGAUGUCGAAUGAUAUUCUUCAUGAUCUUCAUGCAGAAUUUAGGAAACAUCAGUCAACUUUCUCCCAUUCCAAUGGAAUAUUAGUCAUCACAAGGACAGAAAUUAAACAGACGUUUCACGUAAUUGGUUUCGUACAAAGUCAGUACAAGAUAUUCGAUUGCUUAACACAGAUGAAUGCAGCAAGCUGUGGAUCCUACAAUGUAACAUAUUCUUAACUGCGUCUAUUGAAAAGGAGCUUGUCGAUUUGGAGUUUGUUGAAAAAGUUCGUUAUUUGCUUGACCAGUUUUCAAGUAAGGAAUUACAAAAGGACUUAAUAAUACGAGGAGGAGUAGCUUUCGUGUUAGAAGGCAAUUCGUUUUGUUAUAACCGCGAUCUAUUUUCUGCUUGCUUGAAAAAUUUACGUACUAUGACACAAAUGAUGGGCGAGAGACAAUAUAAACUUAAGAAAGAGGUUAUAAAUAUACUGGAUUGAUGAAUCGUUUGAAGAAGAUUUGAACCAUUCCUUGGAUUUGCUAGCCUGUU